UUGAAUGGCCGCCUUGGCCGCGGAAUAAAUCACCCCCCCCCCUCUCCCUCCUUUUUCCCCUCACAGAGCCAAGAUGGCGCCGGCAGCGGCCGCGAGCGGCGACCGGGGGCUGAAGAGCCUGGUGUGGCAGAAACUAAAAGCAUCAGUGUUUGAUGACUGUAGAAAAGAAGAAGAAUGGAAGAUAAUUCUUCUAGAUGACUUUACUACCAGGCUGCUGUCAUCAUGUGGUAAAAUGACAGACCUACUUGCAGAAGGCAUAACUUCCGUGGAGAAUGUUUACAAAAACCGUGAGCCAGUCCCGCACCUGAAAGCCAUUUAUCUUAUUACGCCUACAACAAAGUCUGUAGAUGGACUUAUAAAUGACUUUGCAAGUAAAUCAGCCAGCAAGUACAAAGCAGCCUAUGUCUACUUCACUGACUUUUGUGACGACAAACUUUUCAAUAAAAUGAAGUCAUCUUGUUCAAAAGCUAUCAGAAGAUGCAAAGAAAUUAAUAUUAACUUCAUUCCUAAUGAAUCUCAGGUGUUUACUCUUGAUGUCCCAAAUCCAUUCUACCGCUGUUAUAGUCCCAACAUAGAGAAAACAAAUGAUAAUAUAAUGGAUCAAAUUGCUGAGCAAAUUGUUACCUUAUGUGCUACUCUAGAAGAAAAUCCAGGAGUCAGAUAUAAAAGUAAACCUUUGGAUAAUGCCAGCAACCUUGCUCAGCUAGUUGAAAAAAAGCUUGAAAACUUUUACAAAAUUGAUGAGCGAGGUCAAGUGAAGGGCAAAACUAAUUCCCAGCUGUUGAUAAUUGACCGUGGCUUUGACUCUGUGUCUACUGUGCUUCAUGAGCUGACUUUUCAGGCAAUGGCUUACGAUCUGCUACCAAUUGAAAACGAUACAUAUAAGUAUAAAACCGAAGGUGCAAGUGGGAAGGAAAGGGAAGCCAUUCUAGAGGAAGACGAUGAUCUUUGGAUAAAAAUGAGGCACAAACAUAUCGCAGAUGUUUUGGAAGAAAUACCAAAACUUGUGAAAGAAGUUUCUUCAAAAAGGAAAGCAACAGAAGGCAAAAUAUCAUUAACUAAUCUGGCCCAACUUAUGAAAAAGAUGCCCUACUUUCGCAAGCAGAUUACUAAGCAAGUUGUGCACCUUAACAUAGCCGAAGAUUGCAUGAAUAAAUUUAAGAGUAAUAUAGAAAAGCUGUGCAAAGUGGAACAGGACUUGGCUCUUGGAACAGAUGCUGAGGGACAGAAAGUGAAAGACUCAAUGCGGGUUCUCCUUCCAGUCCUGCUUAAUAAAAGCCAUGAUAGCUAUGAUAAAAUAAGAGCUAUUCUUCUCUAUAUCUUCAGCACAAAUGGAACAACCCAAGAAAAUUUGGACAAGUUGAUCCAAAAUGUACAGAUAGAAAAUGACAGCAACAUGAUAACUAAUUGGAAGUACCUUGGUGUGCCUGUCCUCACUACAUCUGCAAUGCAACGAAGACCAUCAAGAAGGAAUCGCCCUUCAGAAGGAACAUUUCAGCUUUCUAGAUGGACACCCAUUGUUAAAGAUAUCAUGGAGGAUGCUAUAGAAAAUAAAUUAGAUUCAAAAGAGUGGCCUUAUUGUUCACAGUGCCCGGCACCCUGGAAUGGUUCAGGAGCAGUGAGUGCUCGCCAUAAACCCAAAACUAGUUACUUGGAUGAACGUAAAGGUGGUGCAAAGUUGAUUGUCUUUGUCAUUGGAGGCAUUACGUAUUCAGAGAUCCGUUGUGCUUACGAAGUUUCUCAGGCAUACAAGUCUUGUGAAGUUAUUAUUGGAUCCACUCACACUGUGACGCCUAAAAGACUUCUGGAUGAUGUAAAAGCACUUACUGUAACAAAACCAAAGGAUAGUGUGUAUUUGAAGGAUGAGUAGAAAUAGUGAGGCAUUCACUUCUGCUGAACUUAACAGAUCAAAAAAAAUCAUGCUAUAGAUAUUAUGGAUGUAAUCUAGCUGGACAUAAGCAUUUUAAAGACCCCUGGUUUCACUGGAAGAAAACAGUUUAACUGUUUUUGCAACUUCUGUUUGAAAUCAGUGGGUAUUUAAGAGCACUCAGUUUGAACUGGGCUGUAUUCUGUGUACAUAUUUUACAAAUAAGUGUUAUUUAGAAUUGUUUUUUUUAUCAUUUGAGAUUGCUGCUUUUCAUUGUGGUGGGGAAUGGGAAGAUUGUCAAAAUGAAGUGCAUGCAACAGCUUGUGUUUUUAUAUUGUUUUGCGUUAUAUAAUAACUGACUUUUUGUUGUGAAAUAUUCACUGUAGGGAAUGUUCAUCACUACAACCUAUUACAUUAAGACUUGGAGAACAUGUUUGUAUAUAUGCUAAUAAUUUCAAUAAUAGUGUACACUUUCUAUCAUGGAAACAUGUCUGUUUCUAAAUAUGUGGUUAUAAAAUGUUAUUAAAUUAAACUAUGGAAGAAACUUAAAAUAUAUAUAUGUGUAACACAAUUUCACAAUUAACAGAUGUAGAGCUACAAAAUUCUAUGCAACUUCAAUUUCAUUGAAAACAGUUUGCAGUAAACUACAGAUAAAAAGUUAACUUCUUUUCUGAGACAUUUGAUAUAAAUUAUAAAAUAUAUGUGUCUGGGAUUGCAUGGAUCUUUUAUGGUAUUUGGAUAAAAUUCGGGUAUGUAAUAAACACUUUACCAUAAUUAAAGAACAUUGGAGAA